UCUCCUUUAAAGCAUUAACAUAGAGCUGGCUGGGUUGCUUUUGGGAGUGAAGGAAUCCCAGGCCGUGCUCCUGCAACGUGCCCAUUGACCUCACUGGGGAGAGACGCGUGCAAGGACUGCGCGAUCAGCCCGUAACAGGACUGGAGCUGCAGCUGAGGACAACGGAGUUCUUUAUAUUUGAAGCCGGAUCCUCCCCGCCAUUGGGCAACUGCAACUCCCAGCAAAUUCCCCGAGAAUCAAAGGCGCUCGGUACCUUUCACUGCACCCCGCAGACAAAGGCUUGUAUCAAAUGCAGCUGCGUCGACGUCGUUCUCCACUGGGCAUCGGGAUGGCAACCAGGCCAGCCGGAAUCCCUGUGCUGUGCUUGAGAUGGUGACGGCGUCGCUCGCCCCAUGUCCUGAGUGCCGGGGCCAAGCCUUUCCCCUCUGCUCACCUCGCUUCCUGGCACCCUGCUGAUCUGACAGCUCUGUUCUUCUGUGAAAUCUUCCCAGGCCCUGGCCUUAAGGGGAUGCCAUCGAGUUGUAAAAAAAAAUCAAAUCAAAGCCCAUAUCAAGGUGAUGCAGAGGGCACCGUCCCGCCUCAAAACCAAGAGGAUUGUGUGGUUUUAAAAAAAAUCCAGCCUUUAACUUUUUCUUUGCUCCGCUUGGAUUGUGGAGGCAGCUGAGUUGGCAUCGCUGUUCGUCAGUUUCACUGCCCUGCUGCAGGAGCUGGGGUACAAAUGUGAUGGGAGAAAAUUAUUUGUGGGGUGGGAAAUAACUACAGAGGAAAUGGUCUUAAAAAUCCUGAACCUUUCUGUGUCUCUUCAGCUCUGUAAAACCCUCAACUGGUGCAAAUUAACGUAAUCCCCAUGACUUCACUGGCACCUUGCUGACAUACACCAGCUGAGGACCAACUUUUACCCAACUUAAACUACAGGGAUGCUUCAGGCCCCUGGAUAAUCUCCUGUUAAAAGCAGCCCAGGGCUGGAGUGCCAGCCCCCACAAAGAGAAGGCCACGCAACAGGGAGACGCCCAUGUGUGGCUGGGGGGAAGUGACCGGUGUGCUAAUGUUGCCUUAAGCAUGUUACCUGUUUUGUUUUGUUCCCCCCUCAGUCUAGUUAAAAACGGCUGGUGAAUUGUUGAGACCAUCUGUCCUCAAUGAUUCCCGUUAAAACGUGGCUUGUGAUUUAACUGUCUAAUCUGAAGAUUGGUGGGGUUUGGGGGGUUUCCUUUCCUCCCUCUUUGCUCACACUUCACUGGUGGACUGGAAUUGAAAGGGCUUAAGGAAAUACUUCACAAUGUCCCUGGUUCCCCCUGUGGGCCUGUAGAGAGGUGACCUGCUUCCCCUUCGCAGGUGUCUACAAUCGAGGGUACAAAUUCUCUGGCCCGAGGGUUGUGUUUUAUUCAGUGCAGCUAGGAGAAGGAGCAGUUCCUGGCCCCAGAGAGCUGAUCCUGAGAAGUGCUGACCCCCUACGACUGCUCUUUGUCGGCACCUCUCAGAAUCAGGCCCUGAGUCAGACACGGUAACUGUUGAAAUGCAAGGCCACGUGGAGACCUGGCAGCGGGCGCCUGAGGGCCGCAGCGUGGCCAUGUGAGGAAAGGGAGGCGGCAUUCCCUGCCCAACACUACACUGUUCAGCCCGGAGCAGGGGUGAGCCGUCCGCAGUGCUUCCCGCCCCCUUGUGGACUCAGCCCCCCUGCUCUGUGGGGUGUAUGCAUGGACAACCCCGCUCUCCACUCAGGGACUGGGGAAACUCUCCCCGGGCUGCUGUAGGUUUGUUCUGCUUAAACUCCUGCCACCCUGCAACAGGUUAAUGCCUCUAAACGCCACCGGCCCUGGAUAGAACAUGACCCUGCACAAACUUCUGCUGACUGCCCUGGUAAGCAUCCCCUCUAUUUAUAGCAUGGCCUGGCUUGCUCUUCUGAAUCAACAAGGGGAGGGGUUUUCUGGUCAUACCCAUAUUUACAAGCCUGAGGAGGUGACAAGGGGCACUAAUCUGCUGCCCGUCCCAGAGGCAAGGAGGCCCCCAUCCCGCGGAGCCAAGAGAAUGUCUAGGGAGACCUUUGCGUUCACUUCCUCCACCCUGCGCGCGCUGCGCCUGCAGAGAGAGCGGCUGGAGUGGGAGGAUCGCCGGAGGGCUCUCUCCAGGCAGUGCCUGACCAGGAGGUUCCCACCGGCCACCAGCAGCUCCCUGCUCCCCAAGCCCGCCCGGCGUCCCCGGUACUGCCGGGACCCUGCCGUCCACAACGUCCUGUACACCGGGGACCUGCAGACCAUCAAGAACAUCUUCAAAGACGAGGCCGUCGCGAACGUGAUCGUGGAGACGGUCAGCGAGGAGCUGAUGUGGUCGGCAGAGCUGGGGCUGUGGGUCCUGAGCCCUCAGAAGAAGCACACGUCCCCCUUGCGGAUCGCGGCGGCCCGAGGCUAUCGGGACUGCGUGAAGCACCUGAUUCUGCAGGGGGCAGAGGUCGACGCCGUGGUGGGCGGGAAGGCCGCCCUCCAUGACAGCUGCAUCCACCAGCGUGCCGAGUGCACCCAGCUGCUCCUGAACUACGGCGCCAAUGCCAACGUGCUGUCCGAGGAGGGACUGGCCCCACUGCAUCUCUGCACCUCCCCGGAGACCUUGCGGUGCGCCGAGCUGCUCCUGGAGCACGGGGCCCUGGUGAAUCUGAGCACCAGGGACAGGCGGACGACCCCGCUGCACGUGGCCGCCGAGCACGGCCUGGAGGCCCACCUGCAGCUCUACCUGUGCUACGGGGCCGCCCUCGCCCACCGGAACCGGGAAGGAGAGACGGCCCUCAACGCCGCCUGCGCCAGCGCCGACAAGCCCGCCGAGGCCGAGCGCUACUACAGGGUGGCCAAGCGGCUUCUGGAGUGCGGGGCCGACGCCAGGACGGCCGGCAGGAAGAACCACACCCCGCUCCACAACGCCUGCGGCAACUGCCACCCUCGCCUGGUGGAGCUGCUGCUCCGGCAUGGGGCUGCCGUGAACGUCAGCAACUGCGCCGGCUACACGCCCAUGGACUGCGCCCUGCAGGCGGUGGAGGAGUACCUGGACGGGCAGCCCGAGAGCAUCAUCGCCACCUUACUGGACCAUGGGGCGGCGGCCAUCAACCCCAAGAUGCUGAAGUUCUGCUCCUUGGCCCCUCGUGCCCUGGAAGUCGUGCUGAAUUCCUACGACCGGAUCCCGUCCUGCGAUUCCUGGGUGGAAGUGGUGCCUCCGGAGAUGUGGCAGGAGCACAAGACAUUCUACGACUCUGCUCUCCAGAUGACGAACCAGCCCCGUCAGCUGCAGCACCUGGCGCGCUACGCUGUGCGAAAGCACCUGGGAGCGCGGUGCCAUUCCGCCAUCCCCGAACUCAAACUGCCCCCGGCUCUGCGGGAUUAUCUGCAGCUCCCUCUGGAGGGCUACAUCUGGUGAAAGAGAAGAUGCAUCCUUCAGGCGUGUCAUUUGGGGUAUGGCUUUGAAUUGCUGAUGGGUGACUGGAGAGAGCCAGUGGGCUUCAAUACAGCCUGAGAUCCCAACGCACCGGGGCCGUAUUAUUCUGCCAGUUGACUCGUGCCGAGUAGUAGCCGUGUGGGCUAGUUGUAUCAAGUAAGUUGCCGCUCAGCGGGAGUGAGGUUGGCAGACUCUAGCCCUUUCUGAAUAUACUUUGAUAACAGGGCUUGGCUUGUGCCAGCACCGGUUUCCACCCCGCUCUACUGCAUAUAAUACGAGGACAAAGGAUGGUCAAUGAAAUUCAAAAGCAGGACGCUUAAAAGUGACACCGUAGAAUAUUCUUCCCUAUACAGGACCUACUUAGUCAGGGGAACCCAUUGCCACAAGACAUCAUUGAAGCCAAGAGCUGAGCGGGACUCAAAGGAAGGACUGGACAUUUGCUGGAGAACCAGGCUCUGCUGAGUUAGAAUAGUAAAGCCUUCUAAAAUACAAGAGUCUCUCUAUAUUUAAACGUUUUCUGCUUCAGGCCACGAGCCAAAUGCUGACUAAUGGGAUCAGGAAGAAAUGUCUCACUCUGAGGGGAGCAGGGAAUAUUUCUUCCUUGUCCCCGGGGCAGGUUAUUCCACAGCAACCUUCUGCUGGGUUUUCUGCACCUGCCUCUAAGCGGCUGCUACGGCCCCCUGUUGGACACAGGACACGAGGCGGGAUGAGCCCUGGUCUGAUUGACGUCCUUGUGCGUUGUUUUUGUUUUUAAACUCUUCUUUCUAAAUACCAAGAACUGGGGUUAUAAACUCAAGUCUUGGGGAUCCUGGUGCCCUCCGUGGACCCAAAAAGAUGCCCUGGCUACAAACAUGCCAGUAGCUGAAAAGUGCAAAGCAUGCACGCCGAUCAAAUCUGCCACCGGGUUUUGCAAUGCCUGGGGCGGAGGCCUGAUGCCCGGGGUGUGUCCCCCAUCCAAACUGGAGUGCUCUUAAAUUCAGCAAGGAGUGUGGUGUAAAGACCUAAAUGUAGGGUGACCAGAUAGCAACUGUGAAAAAAGGGACAGGGGGUGGGGGGGAAUAGGUGCCUAUAUAAGAGAGAGUCCCAAAAAACAGGACUGUCCCUAUAAAAAUGGGACAUCUGGUCCCCCUACCUAAAUGGACUGAGGAAGUGCCAGAAGGGGUCAAGGAUACCCCCAGUGGCCAAUAAUGGAAUAACCUCCCUAUGGGGGAAGUUUCCUCCUGACCCCUCUGUUAGCUGAUGCCUUGAAGCAGGAGCAUUUAAAAAAUAGCUAGCGCUCUUCAUCUGUAACUCUCAAAGCAGUUACAACGGCAGGUCUGCUUCAUUACCCCCUUUACAGCUGGGGAAACUGAGGCACGGGGCACUGGAAGUGACUUGCCCAAGGUCACCCAGCAGGCCAGUGGUAGAGCACCCUGCUCGCCAGUCCGCUGCUCUAGCCACUAGACCACAUUGUAGCCCUUCCAAGGGAUUUUAAAAACAACCUUCUAAUGUAAUGAUGGAUGUUCUCGUUAGCUGGAUCGGUCCAGUCUCUUUUUUUACUUGAAUCCUGCUUCUGUAUUUUAAUCUCAUGAGCUCAAAAACUGCCCGUAGUUUGCAGUAAAAUAUUCUGUUCUGCUUUGCACUUUAGGGGCAGCCUGUGCUAGUUGUUUCCCCAUGUAAAAUAAAAAGCUACAGCAAAUAUAUUUCAAAA